GGGAGGAUCAGGGCGCUGAUCACACAACUUGGCUCCCAUCGACAUCUAGGGGCAACCUAGUCCCACGUGCCUUCUGGUGAAGAAUUGAGGGGAGGUGUCUGUGAGCCAUGAUGUCAUCCUGCCAGUGGAAUGCCAUGGGCACAGUGCUACUAGUUCUGAUGCUGGACUGGGCACUGGCCACAAGUCAGGAGUAUGACUACUACAGCUGGCAGUCAGACAACUUCCAGCAUGGACGCUUCUACACCAAACAACCGCAGUGUGUGGACAUCCCAGCUGACCUGCAGCUCUGCCACACUGUGGGCUACAAGCGCAUGCGCCUACCCAACCUGCUAGAUCAUGAAUCUAUGCCUGAGGUCAAGCAGCAAGCCAGCAGCUGGGUGCCUUUGCUGGCCAAGAGGUGCCAUUCAGACACACAAGUGUUCCUGUGCUCUCUCUUUGCACCUGUCUGCCUGGACCGGCCCAUCUAUCCAUGCCGCUCUCUCUGUGAGGUAGUGCGUGACUCGUGCGCACCUGUCAUGGAAUCCUAUGGCUUCCCCUGGCCUGACAUGCUCAGCUGCAACAAAUUCCCCUUUGACAACGACCUGUGCAUCACUGUACAGUUUGGAAACAGCCAGGCUACUCAGCCACCAGUGUCCAAGAUCUGCACCCAAUGUGAGAUGGAGCACAAAGCUGAUGGCAUAAUGGAGCAGAUGUGUUCCAGUGAUUUUGUGGUGAAGAUGCGCAUCAAGGAGAUCAAGAAAGAAAAUGGGGAGAGGCGCUUGGUGGCUGCUCAGAAGAAGAAAAAACUACUUAAAGUGGGGCCACUGAAGCGCAAGGACACCAAGAAAUUGGUGCUACAUAUGAAGAAUGCAGGAGCUUGCCCCUGUCCCCAACUUGAUGACCUCAGUGGCAGCUUUCUGGUGAUGGGUCGUAAGGUGGGUGGGAGACUUCUGGUCUUGGCUAUUUACCGCUGGGAGAAGAAGAACAAAGAGAUGAAGUUUGCUGUCAAAUUCAUGUUCUCCUAUCCUUGUUCUAUGCAUUACCCCUUCUUCUAUGGCGCAGAACCCCACUGAGUCCCCACUCAUUGAGAGCCCUGCUCACAGCACCACAAACCUCUUCAGUUUCACACUCCUACUUCAUGCAAAAUCCUUCUUCUAUAGGCAGACCCACAUCAGAUCCAUCCAUCUUUGGUGCCCAUCCCUUUCUGUAGCACAAACUUCACAUAGUUCCAAAUCUUCCUGAGAGCUCUGCCCAUCUUGAUGCUCUUAGUGCUAGGGAGCUUGCAGAAUUUCCCUUCAUCCUGAACGCUUGGGAACUAUAAAGAUGCCCUUUAGCCAUGACAUGAUAAUCUGUUACCCUAUCCAGCUCCUACUAUCUUCAUCAUUGCUUGAAUUAUGAGAGCAUAACUCGAGCAGAUUUUUUUAAGGAUCCUUAAACACUGUAGGGAAUUUCAAAUGAGCAGUGAGCCUAUAGCGUGAAAGUGAUCUGCUCCCAGAGUCCUAAUGUAAAUGCUGUUCCCAAGGUAUGAUGCUUUGCAAACCAAUGGAGUUCAAGUGAUCUAUAGAUUUAAUUCUUCAUGGCUGUUUUAAUUGGGGGGGGGCUCUUUCCAUAUAAACCAACCUGUAUGAGGAACAUCCCUGAAAGUGGGGCCCCCUCGACUCCAGGCUCCUCUGUCCUUCACAUUCAUCUGUUUACAGCUUGUAGAAAUAUUGCUACUCUACAAACUGCUACUAGAGAAGCAAGUCUAUCCUGUCUGCGUUCCACUGAGGAGGCCAAACCACCAACGGAGUGGUUGUGUCCAACAGGCAGGAUGCUAGACCACCAACUGAGCCUGGCUGACAGCAAACACAGGGUGGAUGUGUCUCCCUGGGGCCCCUUCAGCUGGCACAUGCCCAACCUUCUGAGUUCUGGCAAGCUAAUCUGGGAAUGAAUAUUUAUAGCAUCAUCAUACCAGUUUGGGACAGGAGGGGGGGAAGUCAUCCAACACAACGCAGACUGUGGAGAUUGAGCCCAGCCUCCUUUCCAGCCAGCAUCUGUUGGAGGAAAGAAGCACAGCGCAGACAACACCUUAUAGAAAACUCUCUGCCAAUUCAGUAAUCCUAGACCUCAGACUGUCUUGUUGAACCACUCUACUGUAUGUCACACACAGCACAGUGUGGUGUUCAUGGCCAAUGGCAGCAACUGCCUCUCAUGACUCACUCGUCACUGUCGGCUAGUAAGGCUCAAUCCUUUCAAACUACCUUUGAUCACUGCAAGAUACGUUUAUUAACACAAAAGAGAAGGUGGUCAUUCAUGCAUGCUGACUAAAAACAGGAGGGGUGAUGGUAGAUGGAAUUCUUAAAGCUACUAUCCCUGAGCUCUCUUCAACAGUAAUCCCCUGACAGUCUAUUAAAAGCUUAUCAAGUUUCCUGAACAUUUCCAGUUAAAACAUGACUUGGUUUUUAUUCUGUCGAUUAAAAACAAAUUCUAUCCAGUACCAGCUCAAAG